AGACGAACUGAGUUGUUACAAAAUCCACAUGUGAGGGACGAAAAGUAUCAUUUCCCGAAUCUACGAACUCUCUCUCAUGGUUCAAUUUGGUUGGGUCAUUUUCAGUUUUCCAUAUCCUUUGCCUGGCCGAAGCCUCCGAGUCCGAUCCCUCAUGAAUUGAGUUUUAAGAGGAAGGCCAACAAAGGGCCCAAAAACCCUAGGAAACGAGCAGAUUCGCAGUCUUUUUUGACCGUUGGCUCUCUUGACCAAAGGAAGAGAUUUCCUAAUUUCUUUAGGAGGAGACUUAAUUAUCUUUUUCUUAUUAUUGAGUCAGCAGGAUACAGACUUGGACUUAGAAGCUGAGUUUUGUCGUGUGUCUGAAUGAUUUAUCGGGUUGCGCUGAAGCAGCCAGAUCUUGUUAGGCCGUGCAAUCGCUUUCCGUUAGAGGAAUUGGUGGCCGCCGAUGCAUUGACGUGUGUGUGACGGAACCCGUUUUGGUUCAGUAAUUGACUUACAGACCCAUUUGAGAGUUUUGUCGAAGAGACUCCCUUGUGAGGAAGGGCAUGGAUCCCGAGGAUUACAAAAGUGAACUGAGACGGACCAGUUCAUUUAGUAGGACAAGCAGCACAGGAUCUUCCCUUAGGCAGCGUUCCCUACGUUUUCCGAAUGCUCUGCCUUUUCUGCUAGAUGAAGAUAUAGUAAGUGAAAAUGUAUCAGAGGCAGGCGAUAUUGGUGACAGGGCACUUAGCAGUAAUCGGCACUCAGAGAGCAGCAGCUUCCACUUUUCUCUUGAUAAUGAAUUGGAGAGUGGAGUAGAUGCUCCGAUUUCUGAUGCAAAGGCAUUGAAUGCAGUAUCCCAUGUGUCCCCAUUGCCAGAGGAAAUCAUAUCUCCUAUGUCCACUGAUGCAAUUGUGCGCACCCAGGACAAAAGACAAGAGCAGCAGGACAAAAGCAUGGAAUUACCAAAGUUACUGGAGUAUAUGUCGUGCCUUGUCCAUUUGGCUGUUUUUGGAAUACUUGGGGUUUUAACAAGGUAUUUAUUGCAAAAGCUCUUUGGCCCUGGUGUUGCUCAUGUAACAAGUGACCAAAGCAUCCUGUAUCUGGAUCUUCCAUCAAAUAUGGUUGGUUCUUUCUUAAUGGGGUGGUUCGGUGUUGUUUUCAAAGGGGAUAUAUCCAAUGUGUCUGAUUUCCUGGCCAUUGGAUUAUCGACCGGUUACCUGGGAAGCCUUACAACUUUCAGUGGAUGGAACCAGAAAAUGCUUGAUGUCAGUGUUAAUGAUCACUGGGUCUUUUCUGUGCUUGGAUUUCUCCUUGGAUUGUUUCUUGUGGGCUAUUCCAUCAUUUUUGGGAUUGAGACAGCCAAGGGUUUCAGGUGGCUUCUCAAGGGGCUGCACAAAAGUUCAAAAAGUCAAACCACUGGUUCUGUCAACAAGUGGAGGAUAAAUAGCCGCCGGAGACAUUGGGUGGUUUUGAUUGUGUUGACUCUUCUGUUAGGCUUGCUAUGGAGUCUGAGCGGAACAUUAUUAGGAAAGGAGUUUAAUAGCCACAACAGUGGAGCUCAACUAUGGUUGGCUUGCAUAGUUGGACCUUUUGGCGUUUGGAUAAGGUGGUUCUUGGCCCGAUUGAAUGGACGCGGCAUAGGGAAGGCAGGGAUCUUAAAAUGGGUUCCAUUUGGGACCCUAAUUGCAAAUGUUUCUGCAGCUUGUGUCAUGGCUGCGCUUUCAACUCUGAAGGAGGCGGUGAACACCAGUGCUUGCACUACCAUUGUAACAGGCAUACAAUUUGGCCUGUUGGGCUGUCUUAGUACUGUUUCUACUUUCGCCGCUGAGUUUAAUGCAAUGAGAGAGAGCAGGCACCCAUGGAGAGCUUAUGCAUAUGCCUUAAUAACAAUAGGUGUUUCAUUUGGCUUGGGAACUCUGAUAUAUUCAGUACCUGUUUGGACAAGGGGAUACAAGUAGCGCUUUGAGUUUCUUUUGGGUACAGUUGAUGUCAAGUUAACAUUCUGUGCCGGGCUGCUGGAUUGAAGUAAGGUUUCAGUAAAAGGAUGUCCUGGCCUUACAAGAGUUGCUGGAGCCUCUAUGCGUCCCAAACCUCACGAAUUUCAGUUAGUGUAAUUGCCAAGCCUUGAUUUUGAUUGCAUUCUGCAUGGCCUCUGGUCUGAGGUAAGGUUUGGCCUUGUGAGAAUUGCAGGAGCCUCUCUUUGCCAAACCUGACAAAUCUCAGCUAGUGUAAUUGCUAAGCCUUUGACUGCAUAUGAUAUUUAAAUAACAAGCACAGACAAUGGAGCUGAUUUAGAAUAUUUGAUGAAGAAAGUUUGCACACACUACCACAAGUUGGUUUAGUGAAGAAUGUUUCAAGGGUUGUUUUAGGGCAAGGUUCUCAUAGUGGUUAAUACCAUUUUGUAAUUUCCAAUGGAGUCAUCAUCGACCAGGUAGGCUUUGGUCUGCGUAUUCACGAGCACGCAGAUAUUCUUGGCUUGCUAUUGUAUUGAGUUUUGCUUGUUUUAAGCUGGUGUAUUUAGUCUGGAACAGUACAGUAGCCUUUAGAUAGAAGGAUUCAUUUAGGGACCAUCGCGGCCUUGUUGAGAUGGUGUGCCACUGGGUUCCUUGUUCUCCAUCAUAAAUUGAUGAAGUUAAGCACCAUGGAGGCCUUCUUGAUGGCGGCGGUGUGUUCCUUUGUUUUCCAUCAUGGUAGUAGAGUUUGAUCUCAUGCUAUGUUCUGGGUGUUUUUAAUUGUUUUAUGCUCAUCUUCGUCUCUUAAAUUGCUUCUCGUUCUGCCCCAGCGUUGCUCAGUGCAUGGCUUGGUUUUACAUAUAGGAGAUAGCAGUUGCCUUUCUUUCCCGUUUUCAACUAAUGAUGAACAAUUCUUCAUCUGUGCCAACGUCUUAUUGAUGGUA